AUGGGAGACGGAGGCUUCUUCAAGGGCACUAGCCUGGAACAAGACAGCCGGUUUUCAGAUAAACAAAAAAAGUUAUUAAAAAGCAUGAAUUUUCCCGCGGAAUUUAAUAGAAAGGUUGAUUUGAAAAGAGUUAAUAUGACAGUCAUCAAACCUUGGAUCGCACAAAAAAUUGUUGAUUUAUUAGGAGGUGAAGACGAGGUUGUUGUUAAUUAUGUAUUCGGACUAUUAGAAGAAACGGAUCUUGAUCCUAGAAUGAUGCAAAUCAACCUCACGGGUUUCCUGGAAAGAAAUGCACCUAUUUUUGUUACAGAAUUAUGGAAAUUACUCUUAUCAGCUCAAGAUUGUGAAAGUGGAAUUCCAGCCAUAUUUCUUGAGCAGAAGAUGGAAGAAAUUCGCAAAAGAAAGGAAGAUGAUGAACGUAUCAUGGCUGAAAUUCGAAGGAGGCGUGAAAGGGAAGAUGAAGAAAGAGCAAAAUUUAGAGAAAUUAGAGAAAAAGAGCGUAGAGAAGAACGAGAAAGACGGGAUCGUGACCAGAAAUCAGUCCGACGACGUAGUAGGAGUAGAAAUUCCCACCGGGUUCGUAGUCGUAGUAGAAGUAGAAGUGUUGAAAAUAAACAUCAACGACGAUCCCAUAGGAGAAGUAGGAGUGCCGAGAGUAGACAUCAACGACGAUCGCAUAGAAGAAGUAGAAGUAAAAGCAGAGAUCGUAUUACUAGGGAACGUAGUGGAGAACGCCGAAGGCAUAAGAGCCACCGACGUGGUAGUAGAAGUCGAAGCAAAGAAAAAAGAAGGUAUGAAGAAAGAAGAUCGCGUCGUAGUAGAAGUCGAGAGGAAGAGGACACAAGUAAACGGCGUCGUCUUUCCAAGGAAGAAAUUGUUACAAAGGUAUCUUCUGAAAAGUAUAGUUCUACUCCCUCUCCAGGAAGAGAUUAUCAUGAUCAACACACUGGCUAUGUUGCAACUGAAGAUGAAGCUAGGAAAAGAUUAGUCGAUUCAGUUGAAGAAACUGAUUCAGUUCAAAAUUCACCGCCUAGAAAAAAGGUAGCAGAUGCACCUAUCUUCAAGUCAAAAUGGAAUGAUGAUGAAGACGAUGAAGAAAACAAAAAGCUAGCACUGGGUAUAUUGGUUGAAGAAUACUGGCGAGACCCACCUUCGUCUUGCAGCGCUGGUCCUAUUGGAGAAGAUCUUUUUCACUGGCAAGCAACAAUUAUGGGCCCUACCGAAUCUCCAUACACUGGUGGUGUAUUUUUUCUUGCCAUCCACUUUCCUACAGAUUAUCCAUUCAAACCACCGAAGGUUAAUUUUACGACAAGAAUUUACCAUCCGAAUAUCAACAGUAAUGGAAGUAUAUGCCUGGAUAUUCUAAGAGACCAAUGGUCACCUGCUCUUACCAUUUCGAAAGUGCUCUUGUCUAUUUGUUCGAUGUUGACUGAUCCUAACCCAGACGAUCCACUCGUACCUGAAAUUGCUCAUGUUUACAAGACUGACCGCGCCCGUUAUGAAGCGACAGCUCGAGAGUGGACGCGCAAAUAUGCUAGUAAUGUAAUACGAUAUAGGGGCCAAAGGUUGGCAACGCAGAACUUUGGUCGCUAA